AUGGAAAAGGUCUUUGAGACACUUUGUUGCGAUACUAAUGGAUUGUCCACAAAAGCUGCAGAAGAAUGUCUAGCCAUCUUUGGACACAACAAAGAUGGCAAGUGGGUCAAGGAGGAUGCGUCGAUUCUGGUUCCAGGAGAUAUCAUUCGUGUAAUGGUUGUAGAUAUAAUUCUAGCAGAUUGUCGUUUGCUCGAAGGUGAUCCUUUGAAAAUUGAUCAGUCUGCUUUAACAGGAGAGUAUCACCCGGUAACUAAACGUUUUGGUGAUAACGUCUACCAUGGUUCUACCUGCAAGCAAGGAGAGAUUGAGGCUGUGGUUAUUGCCACUGGUGUUCACACUUUCUUUGGCAAUGUCAAUGUGAUGCGUCCCAACCAGAAUUUAGGCAUUGACCGCCGUUGGAUAUUUCUGUGUAUGGUUCAUUUAUGCGGUGAUGAAUGUGGAGUUGAUCAUCACAUAUCCGAUUCAGCAGCGUCUUUGUUUAAAAGUGUGGAGCCAGAUGAUGUUGUUCUUAUGGCAGCUCGAGCAUCGCGAGUUGAAAACCAAGAUGCAAUCGAUGUAGUCGUAUUUGGGAUGUUAGAAGAUCCCAAAGAAGCACGGGCUGGGAUUCAAGAGAUUCAUUUCCUUCCUUUCAACCGAAAAGAUAGGCGAACAGCUCUAACGUAUAUCGACAAUGAGGGUAAAAUGCAUCGGGUCAGCAAAGGUGCUCUAGAGCAGAUUCUGAAUCUUGUGCACAAUAAAUCUGAGAUCGAACGCAGAGUUCAUUCCGUGAUAGAUAAGUAUGCAAAAAGAGGCCUACGGUCACUUGCAAUGGCAUACCAGGUAACAAAACCACCAUUGCUUCACGGAUACGAGAUUGUGGAUCAUUUCCAAGCUAGGCAACACAUAUGCGGGAUGACCCGUGAUGGAGUAGACGAUGUUCCAGCUCUCAAAAGAGCAGAUAUAGGCAUAGUUGUUGCUGAUGAGACUGAUGCAGCACGUCGUGCUUCUGAUAUUCUUCUCAGUGUAAUCAUUAGUGUUAUCCUCACAAGUAGAGCUAUUUGCCAGAGAAUGAAGAACUGCACAAUAUACGCUUUCUCUAUCACCGUUCUCAUAGUGGCUGUACAACUUGAUCUUAGCACAACGAUGAUGGGAUACCAAGAACGUGAAGAUGAAGAUGACUUGGCAAUGGAAGGCGAUGAAGUUCAUCUUCUUCCACAUCUUUGA